AAGCGAAGCUCUCUGUCUCCGUCUCUGUCUCUGCUCAGAGGUAGAAUACAUUCGGUGAGCCGUGAAAAAGGUUGAGUGGAAGGAAGAAGCAGCUGGGAAUCAAAAAUGGAGGAGACUAUUCCUUUCAAGAAUCUUCAUAGCAGAGAGUAUCAAGGUCACAAGAAGAAGGUACAUUCGGUAGCUUGGAACUCUAAUGGUACAAAGCUUGCCUCUGGUUCUGUUGACCAAACCGCUCGUGUUUGGACCAUCGAACCUCACGGUCAUAGUAAGGUUAAGGACCUUGAGCUAAAGGGACAUACUGAUAGUGUGGAUCAGCUAUGCUGGGACCCAAAACAUUCAGAUCUCGUUGCUACUGCCUCUGGCGAUAAGAGCGUUCGUCUCUGGGAUGCUCGCAGUGGAAAAUGUACACAGCAGGCAGAGCUUAGUGGGGAGAAUAUAAACAUCACCUACAGACCUGACGGGACACAUAUAGCUGUUGGUAAUAGGGACGAUGAGCUUACCAUUCUGGAUGUCCGUAAGUUUAAUAAAUCCCUAUACAAGCGCAAAUUCUCAUAUGAGGUAAAUGAGAUUGCUUGGAACAUGUCAGGAGAUCUGUUCUUCUUGACUACUGGUCUUGGCACUGUUGAAGUUCUCUCAUAUCCACUUGAGAAAAUGCAAAAUGAUCUUAAACCAGUUGACACUCUCACUGCCCACACAGCCGGGUGCUACUGCAUUGCAAUUGAUCCUAAAGGAAGAUACUUUGCUGUUGGGAGUGCUGAUUCUUUAGUCAGCCUUUGGGAUAUGUCAGACAUGCUUUGUUUGAGAACAUUUACAAAACUUGACUCGCCCGUCAGAACAAUAAGCUUCAACCAUUCAGGAGAAUACAUUGCUUCAGCUAGUGAGGAUCUAUUUAUAGAUAUUGCAAACGUCCAAACUGGGCGGACGCUGCAUCAAAUUCCAUGUAGAGCUGCCAUGAACAGCGUGGAGUGGAAUCCAAAAUACAACUUACUUGCAUAUGCAGGUGAUGACAAGAGUGCCAAGUAUUAUGGUGAUGAAGGUGUUUUCCGAAUAUUUGGUUUUGAUAGCUCUUAGGAACACAGUACACCGCAUCUGGAAACAGAUCUAUAAGCAACUCUGCUCGGGCACUUGGUGAAUUGGAAACAGAUUGUGUACUACUACUACUAAACAUGUGUUAACAGUAUCAAUAUUUUCACAUGGGAUGAUUGCAGUUGUGAUUUUAUAUGAAUCUGUCAUUUUAUUUGCUGCAAAAAUGGGAUACUAUUACUAUACACAAGCUGUGCCCUUUAUUAUAGAAAAAAAUAAUGAUCAAAGAUCAAAAUUCUGAUUCAAUUACAUAUCUAUUUAGCGUCA